AUGUCGAACGAUAAUAAAGAACCAAAUAAUAAUAAUUCUCCUUCAAAAGACGAAGAAAAAGAAGUUUCGUUUGCGUCAUUGGGCGUUAUCGAACCUUUAUGUAAAGCAUGUGAACAAGUAAAAUAUGUAAAGCCAACAGACAUUCAAGUUGAAGCUAUUCCGUGGGCAUUACAAGGUCGUGAUAUAAUUGGUCUUGCACAAACAGGGUCUGGUAAGACUGCCGCUUUCGCAUUACCUAUUUUACAAGCAUUAUGGGAAGCGCCACAAGGUCUUUUCGCAUGUGUACUUGCGCCGACUAGAGAACUAGCCUAUCAAAUCACCGAGACAUUUAACGCAUUAGGAAGCACAAUAGGAGUUCGAUGUGUAGUGAUUGUUGGUGGCAUGGACAUGAUGGCACAAUCGAUUGCUCUUUCCAAAAAACCACAUAUUAUAAUUGCAACGCCUGGUCGAUUACAAGAUCACUUGGAAAAUACUAAAGGCUUUGGAUUACGGACUUUGAAAUAUUUGGUGAUGGACGAGGCGGAUAAAUUAUUAGAUAUGGACUUUGGACCAAUGAUUGAUAAAAUAUUAAAGAUCAUUCCAAAAGAACGACACACUUUUCUUUUUUCGGCUACAAUGACGACUAAAGUCGCGAAAUUACAACGUGCCUCGUUGAAUAAUCCCGUUAAAGUUGAAGUUUCUUCAAAAUAUUCAACUGUUUCUACACUACUUCAAUAUUAUCUCUUUUUCCCAUUCAAGCAUAAAGACUGCUAUUUAAUUUAUCUUUGCAACGAACUUGCCGGCAACUCAACUAUAAUAUUUACACGUACAUGCAACGACGCUCAACGUCUUGCUCUGAUGCUUCGGAAUCUUGGAUUUACAGCAAUUCCAUUACACGGACAAUUAGCACAAUCCAAAAGAUUAGGUUCGUUAAAUAAAUUCAAAGCCGGCAGUAGAAAUAUACUUGUUGCCACUGAUGUUGCUAGCAGAGGUUUAGACAUUCCACUUGUGGACGUCGUAAUAAAUUUUGACAUUCCAGCCAACAGCAAAGAUUACAUCCAUCGAGUAGGACGAACAGCACGUGCAGGUCGUGCCGGUAAAUCUAUCACAUUAGUGACUCAAUAUGACGUUGAGUUAUUUCAACGUAUUGAACAUGUGAUUGGGAAACAGAUGGAAGCGUUUCCUAUAGAAAGCAAUGACGAUGUAUUAUUAUUGCAAGAACGAGUAUCAGAAGCUCAACAAGUGGUUGCAGCUGCUAAACAUUUAAAGAAGGGAGUAAAGCCUAAAAAUAAAAAACUAAAAAGGUGA